ACCCAAUAUCCAGCCUUCUGGUGUUAGCGUGUUUCUCAGUCGCCGGCGGCGGGGAAGGCGGCGAUGCUGCGGGGGGUCCUGCGCCGGGGAGGAGCGGCCAUGCGGCAGGCUGCGUUGGCUGAGGGUUCUACGGGGAGCCUCGUACGUCUGAGCGUAGCGGAGCGGGAGCGCUAUCGGCGACGUAGGCGCGACCCUGGGCGCGACGAGUUCUUCGUGCCGACGCCGGAGUCCCUUUCCUGGCUCGACUCGGUCACCCUCCCCAUGGUCCUCACCGCUGCCGCCGUAGCCCUCUUCACCAAGCUCCUCAUGAUGGAACAUGAAGCUACAGACCAAGAAAGGAGAGAACGCAAGAUAAAGAAUAGUCACCCUGAGCAAGGAACAGUAAGGAUGCUUACUCGUGAAGAAUGGGAUGAAAUCCAAGAAAUCAGGCCAAGGACCCCAUUUGAAUCAAAGUUAGCGCGUCCACAUGCCCGCAUAAGAACUGGCGAACCAGUGCGUCUGGAGGAUACCAAGGAUUGGGCUAUUGAUGUGGUCACUGAUGCUUUUACUAGAGCGGAAGAAAGUGCCAAGCGGAAGUGAUUCAGAAGAAAUGUACAACAGCCAACAGUCCAGGACAUCCACUUCCAGGUUUUCUUUUGCCGAAACACUCGAGGCUCCCUUGGAUGCACAUUUCACGUUUUUCUUUUGAAAUUUGAGUUCCCGCUCCCUGUAAAUGCCAACUUCUGCGGUGAAUUGCAGUAGCCAUUUAUAAUAAUACUCCACAACUUCUGUUUCACAAAUUCAUACCAUCUCCUUAUAUGUACGCCAGUCAAUUCUGAUGGAAGACUGGAUAUAUACUUUCAA